UGUGUGCUGCAGCACAGAGGGACGAGGUCAGAGAGCCAGAGCACAGAGGAGGAGAUGCUGCACCUGUGCACCUGAGGAGAAGCACAAUAAAAACCCAAACACAAAGAGAGGAGCACAAAGAGACGGUAAACAUGGAGCUGCAGGGUCACAUCUGAGAGAACCUGCUCCAGCCGGCUCGUUGUCAACAAGGUCCGUCCUCCAGUCUGUGUUGGUGCCAUGGCCGAAUCCAGCUGGUGGAAGCUGACCUUCUCCCGCAAGAAGAAGUCCGAGUCCAAGGUCCUGUACGAGAUCCCGGCCGAGUACGGCAGCAACACCGGGAACAAGGAGCACUCGGGCGGCAACCCCCCCGCGGACCACCUGGACAGCCAGCUCAACGCCCGGCUGGAGAAGAUCGUGGACAAAUCUGCCACCAAGGGCCGGCACGUCAAGGUGUCCCACUCCGGCCGCUUCAAGGAGAAGAAGAAGGUCCGCGCCACGCUGGCCGAGAACCCCACGCUGUUCUCCGAGCACAGCCUCAGCGACGAGAACCACAAAAAGAAAACUGACAAAUAAGUGCACGUGCGACCAAAAGGCCCAAACUCGAUCCCGACUGUGUCAUAAGUCCGUGGGACGCUUUGGACGAAGGCUCCAACAUGUAAACACAACCAGGUCGCUCCCCGGUGCACGAGAGGGACACACACACUGGUUACCAGGCACCACACCCCGGUCGAUACUGUAACCAAUGGACUCACACCUAAACAAACAAGUGGUAUCAGCAGGCGGCCAUUAAACAUUCACAGAGCAGAGCGGGUGGG